AUGUCUGCGAAGCCUGUCGAUGCCUCGCGCUCCCGGGCGGCGGACCCCAAGAAGGUCCAUAUCGCCGACACUGUGAUGACUCGCCAAAACUGGUACAAGCACGUCAACUGGCUGAACAUCACCCUCAUCAUCGGUAUCCCCCUGUACGGGUGCAUCCAGGCUUUCUGGGUGCCUCUGCAGAUCAAGACAGCUAUCUGGGCUGUCAUCUACUACUUCUUCACCGGUCUUGGUAUCACAGCAGGAUACCAUCGUCUCUGGGCUCAUUGUUCCUACUCCGCUCGCCUUCCUCUUCGGAUCUGGCUCGCCGCCGUCGGCGGUGGUGCCGUUGAAGGCUCUAUCCGCUGGUGGUCUCGGGACCACCGUGCUCACCACCGUUACACCGAUACCGAGAAGGACCCUUACUCCGUCCGCAAGGGUCUGCUGUACUCGCACAUUGGCUGGAUGGUCAUGAAGCAGAACCCCAAGCGUAUUGGCCGUACCGACAUUUCCGAUCUGAACGAGGACCCCGUCGUCGUCUGGCAGCACCGCAACUACUUGAAGGUUGUCUUGGGCAUGGGUCUCGCCAUGCCCAUGCUCGUCGCGGGUCUUGGCUGGGGUGACUGGUGGGGUGGCUUCAUCUACGCCGGUAUUCUGCGUAUCUUCUUCGUUCAGCAGGCCACCUUCUGCGUCAACUCGCUGGCCCACUGGCUUGGCGAUCAGCCCUUCGACGACCGCAACUCUCCCAGAGAUCACGUCAUCACUGCUCUGGUCACUCUUGGCGAGGGUUACCACAACUUCCACCACGAAUUCCCCUCGGAUUACCGCAACGCCAUCGAGUGGCACCAGUACGACCCCACCAAGUGGUCCAUCUGGAUCUGGAAGCAGCUCGGCCUCGCCUAUGAUCUGAAGCAGUUCCGUGCCAACGAGAUCGAGAAGGGCCGUAUCCAGCAGCUGCAGAAGAAGAUCGACCAGAAGCGUGCCAAGCUGGAUUGGGGUGUUCCCCUCGACCAGCUGCCCGUCAUGGAAUGGGAUGAUUAUGUGGAGCAGGCCAAGAACGGCCGCGGUCUGAUUGCCAUCGCGGGUGUUGUCCACGAUGUGACUGAUUUCAUCAAAGACCACCCCGGUGGCAAGGCCAUGAUCGCCUCCGGCCUGGGCAAGGAUGCCACCGCCAUGUUCAACGGUGGUGUGUACUACCACUCCAACGCCGCUCAUAACCUGCUCUCCACCAUGCGUGUUGGUGUCAUCCGCGGUGGUUGCGAGGUUGAGAUCUGGAAGCGCGCUCAGAAGGAGAGCAGCGAGUAUGUUCGGGAUGAGUCGGGCCAGCGCAUCAUCCGCGCUGGUGAGCAGGUCACCAAGAUCCCCGAGCCCAUCCCCACCGCUGAUGCGGCAUGA